AUGGCGGCAUUGUAUGCGGCGACCGAAGAAAUGGAUUGCGNAAAUAAUAACGGAGAUAACUAUGCAACGGCUAAUAGCACGAAUGGUAUAGACUCAACCUACACCAUCCCUGGUGAGAUUAACGAAGAUCACCCUCCUCCGGGUUACGACGAAGCUAUCGGUCUUGUUCUGUCACGUGGACCGAAUAAUGGGAACAGUCAUGCGCAAAUCAAUUCGUCUGCCAUGAACAACUAUCUGCAAGCUAGUACCAUGGUCAAACCCGCUGUGCCCGUGCCCAGCACAACAUGUACACCACCUCCGGCUUUGCCUCCACGUCGUCUGAUCAACGGGUUGGGUCUGGAAGAGGUGGAUGAUUCACAACCGAGCGCUUGCCUGUCCCUUGCUGAGCGUUACGGAUUGCCGGUGGCCGAAAUCUAA